UAUAAUCUGUUGACACUAGUGAAUUUCUACAACUCUCUAGUUCGUAUAUCGUCGAUCUUCCAAGAACACAACGAGAGAGAGAGAGAGAUGGGAACUGCGGCUGCUCCAUACAUGUUAGAAUUAGCAUCUGAAGGUGAUCAUCAGAAACAAAAUGGUGUCGUGGCCAGCAGUCCUCCGAAAGAGCUCGACGCUGGAGCUCUCUUCGUCCUCAAAUCGCAAGGUUCAUGGCUGCAUGUUGGGUACCACUUGACGACAUCAAUAGUGGCUCCGGUGCUUCUAAGUCUUUCAUUUGCGAUGGCGUUGCUCGGCUGGGUUGGAGGAGUCAUUUGGGUAGCUUUGGCAGGUUUGGUCACCUUCUACUCCUACAAUCUUCUCUCUUUAGUUCUUGAGCACCAAGAAAAGCUUGGCAAUCGACAACUUCGAUUCCGAGACAUGGCCAGAGACAUCUUAGGUCCUGCGUGGGGCAAAUAUUUGAUUGGUCCUCUGCAGUUUUGGAUAUGCUAUGGUGCAGUCAUUGCUUGCACAUUACUUGGAGGCCAGAGCCUAAAGUUCAUUUACUUGCUCUCUAAUCCAGAUGGAAGUCAUGGUACAAUGAAGUUGUACCAGUUUAUAAUUAUGUUCGGAGGCGUCACACUCUUUUUGGCUCAAAUGCCAUCCUUCCAUUCCUUACGGCACAUUAACCUCGUUUCUCUUAUCCUUUGUCUUGCAUACAGCUCCUGCGUCACUGCUGGUUGCAUAUACAUUGGACAUACAAAGAAUGCUCCUAUACAGGACUAUUCCAUAAAAGGAAGCACAAAAGAUCAGUAUUUUGGUAUCUUCAAUGGCAUCUCAAUCAUUGCUACAACAUACGCAAGUGGAAUAAUUCCAGAAAUACAGGCAACUUUAGCACCUCCAGUAAAAGGCAAGAUGUUCAAAGGGCUAUGUGUGUGCUAUAGUGUUAUAGUAACAACCUAUUUCAGUGUGGCAAUGUCUGGAUAUUGGGCGUUUGGCAACCAAGUUAUGGGAACAGUUCUUUCCAACUUCAUGGGUGUUAAGAAGCCUCUACUUCCUACCUGGUUUUUGCUAAUGACCAAUGUCUUCACUCUUCUCCAAGUCUUGGCUGUCACAUUGGUUUACUUGCAACCAACAAAUGAAGUGUUUGAGAAGAAAUUUGCAGAUCCAAAAAUGAAUCAAUUCUCCGGCCGUAAUGUUGUACCACGAUUGAUUCUGCGGUCGCUUACUGUCGUGGUUGCUACAUUUUUCGCUGCGAUGUUACCAUUUUUCGGAGAUAUUAUGGCUUUGUUUGGGGCGUUUGGAUGCAUUCCUCUAGAUUUCAUUUUGCCAAUGAUAUUGUACAAUGUGAGUUUCAAGCCCUCAAAGCAGAGUCUCAUCUUUUGGGUUAACACACUAAUAGCAGGAGUAUCGUUCUUGUUAGUCGGAGUAGGGGCUGUGGCAUCUGUUAGACAAAUAGUUCUUGAUGCUAAAACAUAUCGCCUAUUUGCUAAUAUGUGAAAGAAAAAAAAACCACUCAGAUAUAUUAUUGACCGUCAACAUGCUAUUGUAAACAAUUUGCUGUUGUAAUCACAUAUUACAUAUUGUUUUGCAUAUGUAAUAUAUUUUGGACACA